GCUGUACCGUGACGAAGGUGAAGUCCCUGAUACUGACUUAACUUUACAUUACCUCUUCAACCUAGAACAGAUCAGACCAGACUGAACGGUGCCACACAAAACCUGAAAUCAUGGGGCAGUCUUUGCAGAGACAUUCACCUCCCAAGCUAUUCCCUGGAGACAUUGUGGAGUAUCCCCGGAACAAAUACUUCUCCCACUUUGCCAUCUACUAUGGCGAGCUGCAUGGCGUUCAGUAUGUGGCUCACCUGACAUCCCGAGAUUCUGACUCCAAGCUCCUGCUCUUUGGAAGGGCCCUCAGGUCAGAGGUCAAAUUGGAUCCGAUAGAACUGCUGGGAAGGAAUUACAAGGUCAACAACAUGCUGGAUGAUUGUGUCCCAGCCAGAGAUUUCCACAAUGUGGUGAAACAGGCCAUCGACAACAUGAUUGGACAGGAAGUGACUUUUGACAUCCUGUUCCACAAUAGCGAGCACCAAGCAACGUUCUUCCGAUACGGAGUCAAGAAGUCCGAGCAGAUUGAGAGAAUCUAUGAGCACAUAAUGCCUGCGUGGAAGAAGCUCUUUGAGAAGAAGAAGCUGUGAAAGAGCAUCAAUUGCAGUUUUUUACUGUUUUCCCCUCCUGCCACAUCUUUAUAAAAAUAAAUUAAAAAUAGACAAACUGGAAAAAA